AUGAGAGAAACGUACGCACCACUUCUGCUCGAACGAAAAGCAAGUAAACUACGCAAAAGCACGGGAAACACCUCCCUCAAGGUCGAACCAGCAUCCUCAACUCCCAUCUCCGCCACUGAAUUAUUCUGGAGAACCGUCACUAGACCCUCAAAGAUGAUUCUCUACUCCCCAAUCAUUUUCUCCUUGGGGAUCUACACCGGUAUCGUAUUCGCUUACCUCUAUCUGAUGCUCGUCACUUUUACAGAAGUGUACGAGCAAAAGUAUGGAUUUGGAAUAGGAGUCACGGGUUUGACAUCUCUCGGUAUGUGGCUCCUUCUCAAUAUUGAAGAUCUAGUAAAUACUCUCGUAAGUCUCCUAAUAUUUACAGGUCUUGGUGUGGGAUGCUCCAUCGGAAUGAUAGGUUUCGGCACCGCCUCCGACCGAAUAAUGAAACGGCAAACCACACGCGGAAAACCAAACAUCCCAGAAAACAGAUUAAUCACCAUGAUCCCCGCCGUCGUGAUGUUACCCGUAACGUACUUCAUAAGGAGUCCGGAUUUAUAA